AUGACCUAUUCUUGUUUAUAUUUAGGUGGUGAUGGUCCUAAAAGAAUUGUAUUAGAGGAAGUCAGAGAACGUUACCAACUCCAAGAAAGAGUUACUCUUCUUGGAGCUGUAAAACAUGAGAAUGUUCAUGACGUUUUAGUCAAAGGUGACAUCUUUCUGAAUGCUUCCUUAACAGAAGCUUUUUGUAUGGCCAUUUUAGAAGCAGCAUGUUGUGGGCUGCAAGUUGUAAGUACAAGUGUUGGAGGUGUACCAGAAGUGUUGCCACCAAAUCUUGUCUGGCUAACUGAACCAUCUGUAAAUGGUUUAGUAGAUGGCCUUGAGGAAGCAGUGCUAGAUCGGGCAAAUAAAAAAAUUGCACCUCCAUAUAUCGCUCAUCAAAGGCUUUCUAAAAUGUAUCAGUGGAAUGAUGUUGCAUCAAGAGUUGAAAAAGUUUACGAUUCAGUCAUCAGUAGACCAGUGGAUGAUUUACAGUGCAGAUUAAGAAAGUUUUGGGAGCAAGGUUACAUUGCUGGUGCAUUUUUCAUGCUUCUUCAGGCUAUAGAACAUUUAUUAUAUGUCUUUUUCUCUUGGUUAGUACCUGAAGAUACAAUUGACUUGGCACGUGACCUACAUAUUAAGUAGGCAGAAUUGUGGUCGUCUGUGAAUGAGAAAUACUUUUUUGGAAAAUGUAAAAUUCAUGUGCAUAUAUAAUGUUCUAAAACAUUUUGAAAUAUUUUAUUAUCUGAAAACAUUUAUAUUUUCUCUUUAUUGUACAAAUUUUAUUAA